CAUGUCAAUAAGAAGUUAUGCCAAUCAGCUGUUUCGUCUACACAUCCUGUUUGUCAAAAUGUGGCUCCUGAUUUAAGUGCAUUGGGGUAUCUUGAGUUCACGAUGGAUAUCAAAGGAAAGUUCAAGUCGUUUAUUGAUAAGCAAAAGAUAUCCCUUAAAGCGCCGACUUCACCAGUGCAAAAUGCAGACUUUGUCACUCUGGAUGACUUUGAGGGUAGAACCGCCGUGACCCCACAGGUGUUCAGGAAAGGGAGUGCCCUAAACGAACACAUGUUAACGCCGGAGGCCGAACAGGCCGUCAUCGAUAGCAUAGAAAAGAUUUAUUUCGAGAGCGAAAAUGUUGAAGUGAGUGAGCACGAGUUGCAAAAGUUCCCGGAAGUUAUUGACAUCCACUUCAUCAACGGCACCAGGUCUAGGCUACGGAAGCAGCAGGCCAUAGUGUCGAGGCGAGUGUCAGAUUUGAUUAUGCAGAAACAAGGAAUGUGCAGUGAAGAAAUGGAGCGCGUGACGGAGCUGCAAAAGGAAAUUAUUAAGGAGGUGGGGCUGUGUGUCGAAGGUCGUAAGAAACUCGCCCUAGGGAGGAGUCAGUUUACUUCGGCGAGUUUAGGCAUUUUAGCCAAUUAUAGCAAGAGGCAAAAGAUUGCCAGUGUUAUAAGGUCAUUAAGGAUGAUUAGAACUUUACAGAUGACUGAUGUUCAAUUGCAAAGUUUGCUGAAAGCAGAAGAUUAUCCAGGGGCCAUACAGUUGUUAUUGGAGUGUCAGAAAGCAGCAGCAACAUUCAAACAUUUUACAUGUAUAUCAGAACUAAGUACCAAAUUACAAGAUACAUUAGAAGGUGCUGAGGAACAGUUAGAUGUAGCACUGGCGAAAGUUGCUUCAAACUUCAAUUCUGGCAAUUAUGAAAAGCUACAAACGGCGUAUGGGUUAUUGGGGAAAACUCAAACCUUGAUGGAUCAGCUUCAUAUGCAUUUAACCUCUCACAUUCACAAUUCUGCAUUUACAAUAGUUCUUGGUUAUGUUGAAUUGUAUAAUACAGCAAAUGGAGGAAAUGGUUCUGUAGGGGGUUCAUCUUAUUCCAAGCUACAGUAUUCAGAAUUAUGUAAGAAUGUCAAUGAGGAAAGUUUUCUCCCUUGCCUUUUGGACCUAAGUAGAUGCAUGUGGAAUGUUUUAAGGAGUUACAAAAGCAUAAUUGCAUGGCAUGAGAGUGAUAAAAGGAGUCUCCCUAGGGCUGAUACACCAGAACACUGUAAUGAUAGUGAAAUGGAAAAUCAUUGCAGAUAUACUAAGCAAAAAUUAGAACAUGGUCUUUACAGAAUAUGGCAAGAUGUACAAGCAAAAGUGAGAACUUUUAUUUUAGCAUCUGAUCUGUCACAUUUCAAAUUCGACGAUUUUCUAAGAAUUUUAGAUGUAAUUAACAAAUUAAUUGAUGUAGGGGAAUCUUUUUGUGGUAGUCGGUCAGAAACUUUACGAGAGUCCAUAAAGAAACAGUCCUUAAAUUAUUUCCGUAAUCAUCACCGUGCAAGGAUGGAAGAGCUUCAUAUGUUUUUGGAAAAUGAGGGUUGGGAGCCUUGCCCUGUGAAGUCAACAUUCUCCAUCUAUCAACUUAUGGAAUUCAGAUUUCUCAGGGGUAGAGAUGGAGUCUUCAACAAAAUUGCAACUCCUAACUCUUCACCCAUUAAAAGACUUGGAAAUGGAACAGAAAAGAUAGAUAUAUUUGAGGUAUAUGGAGAAGAAAGCUCACCAUUUGAGAUUACCAGUGAAGAAGCCAUGGAGGAAGAUAUCAUGGCAAAUGGUGAUGCAGGUAGACCUUUAAAUCUCAUUGAUGAGGAUAGUGAUGACGAUGUUCCAGAUGAAUUAAAAGGGGACUUUGUUGAUGAGCAAACUGGAGAGCCCCCACAGCAGCAACAUCAAAAACGAAAGAUUGAUCACAGCAAGGUUCCUAUUGUGACAAACACAGCCCUAACUAUUCUGAGGCUGAUUGGUAAAUAUAUUCAGAUGAUGAGACUGCUGCAGCCAAUAGCAUUUGAUGUGAUGAUAUCACUCAGCCAUUUGUUUGACUAUUAUUUAUAUAGUGUCUUCACUUUUUUUGGGCCAAGUGGAGUGCAAGAGCAGGAGCUUGGCCAUCUCCGGUCGCCGCUUAAAAGAAUUCAAGAUACACUGAUCAUUAAUUUAGAGGAUAGCCCUGAUGAACCUCAGGAUCAUGAGAAGGUUCAGAGUCCAUCUUUGUCCCCUGUGGUGGAUACGACAUCUGCUGAAAGCAUUUAUGGCUUACCCGUUCGAGUUGUUGCUGUUGAGAGUUUAAUAUUCUUGGCUCAUCAGCUUGAGGCAUUGUUACCCCAUAUUGAGCCCCUCAUCCCACAACAACGAAGAACAUUUCUGCAUCAGUUUUACUCAGCUACUGUCAAAGUUACUGCAGAAAUACGUUAUCAUGUGUAUUCAACAGUGGCAGCUCAGGUAAUAGACUAUGAUGCUAUUCAGAAUCGUAUGACUAGUGUCAGAUGGGACAUCAAUGACCUUAUGAGCCAACAUAGCCAGUAUGUGGAUGUACUACUUCGACAACUUCAGGUUUUAAGCAUGAGACUUGAAGAAGUAAGCAGAGUAUCACCUAUACCAAGUGAGGCUUAUAAGGCACUUUGGGAAUGUAUUGUCAAGAAAACAAAUCAAAUGUUGCUAGAAGGAUUUGCUGGGGCUCGCAGAUGCACUAAUGAAGGACGUUCUCUUAUGCAGCUUGAUUAUCAGCAAUUUCUCAUGAAACUUGAGUGCUUGACGUCUGUUCGACCAUUACCAGAUCGCCAUUUAGUGGAGACCUAUAUUAAAGCCUAUUACCUUCCUGAGGGUGCACUGGAGGAUUGGAUUCAACAGAACCUAUCUGAUUAUACUCCUCGUCAGUUAACUGCUCUUGUAGCUACCAUGACACACAUCAGCAAACGAACUAGACAGAAAGUCGGUGCCUUAAUAGAAGAUGGGGGUAAGAAGUUGUGAGGUAUGUGGUUUGGCAACAUUCUAGUAUACCAUGAGUGUUUGUUGAUUCAGUCUUCAAAUGUUUUUAUAUCCUUUGAGAACUUUCUGGUAACAGUAUUUGUCUGGAACAGUUAAUCUGCUGCUUAAAUUUCAGAAUGAUCUAGUACAUGCAGUGUUUUUCAUAGACUUUAGGCUCAUUUAUUUACUAAAAAAGGGGUAUUUACUUUACUUUACUUUGAAAUUAUUUGUCACUGGAAUAUUAUUACUACAUUUUUAAAAGUCAUGGGUUGUAUAAAGGUAUUUCCAAAUGUACAAACAUAACUGCAAUGCUUGCUGAAUUUAAUGUCAUCAAUGCCUUAUAAUAUAAUGCAGUACCGUAGGUAGUUAUGCACUAUAUAGUUGGGGUUUCCAGGUCCUUGUAAAAAUGUGUACAUAACAUAAUGCCUUUUAAAAGUUGUAUCAGCCACAGCAGUUAUUAACCAAUUUCAACCUCAUGUACUAUAUGAGUAGGGAGAGAUACGAGCAAAAUAUUUUUAAUAUUGUAUUCUCAGUAUGAAACUUUGCUUAUGGAGUAUAGGAUACCAGACAAAGUUCAUAUAAUGUUGUAUACCUCUUGUUUAAUAUCAGUGAUGUAUGCGUAUAAUUUGUAGUCAUUAUGUAAUGCUGCAACUUCAAAUGUAGAUGUUUAUAUUUCCUAGAUAGAAUUCUAUUCAUCUUACCUUUUAGCAUUACAGUGCUUUUCUUUGUGUAGUUUUAGAGAAUAUAUGAUAUGUAUUUUUUUAUUUCUUUCCAAACUAACAUUCAUUUGAUAGAAUAAUCAGUCUUUAAAAUGUAAUAGAAAGUUUCUGUAUGUUAUAUAUGUAAAGGCAUUUACACAGAUUCCUUACCUAGAAGAAAGAUCCUCUUGACUAUUUCACCAUAGCUGCAAGCACAGGUUCAAUUAUUUGUUCACAUACCAAUGUAUAGUAUUUUAUUUCUGGAAUUAUCGAGUUCUGGAAAAUUAGUGAAUAACAUUUACUGCAUUAAAUACAAAAAUUGUGGGAUAAAUAUAAAUGAAAAUUCACUGGCAUAAACACAAUGCCUGUCGUAGUGGGUAUUAUAUUUCAGAGUUUACUAAGGCAUUGUAUAUUUACACAAGUUUAUCAAUGAAACUGAAUAGGCCACUAUGUAUAGGAUUCCCAAAGACUGCAAGAGUUGUGUGAGCAUAUGAGAUGGUUGCAUGGGGCCAAAUUGGUAAUGGAUGGUCAGUUUGAGUCAACAUUCCAGUAUGUAUGUAAACUUAAAGACAUGAGUUAGCCAUUAUAGUAAAAAUAAUGAGAUGAUCAGGCACUGCAUGUAAUUUUUUCCAUAAGAACCUCAGUAAUCAAGUACAUGAUUUAUUCACAGUCCCACAAAGUUCCUAUCUUUGUUUCAUCAGAAAGUAGUCCUACCUCACAUGUUCAGUGUGGAUUUUUACUGUAGAUCCUCAUGUAUGUAUAUCAGACAAUUACCUUCCUUUUUGUAAGGCUAGGGCUCCUGUAAAAAGUUUCCCAAUCAAUCCAAUUCUUUAAGUGACCACAGGAGGGGCUCCUGAAUGGGAGAAUUCUUCCGUAGUAAACAUUAACCCCACAUGAUUUUCUUGUAUCUGGAGCAGCAAUAUUAUUAUUAUCAAUUAUUAUGUUAAGAAGAUGAACCCUAUUCAUAAGGAACGGUAGAGGCCUAUUGCUUACUGCUCUGCCAAAGAUGUCUUCAUAGAGGUCUACCAAUAUUGGAGAUACAGUACAUGUAGUAGCUUACCUCAGAGCUUUUGAAGAGAGUGACUUGGAGUCAUUCUCUUCAUUUGAUUGAGUUUCUCUCUCCCACAAGACCUUUCAUGAGAGCUGUCCUUGGAAAAUUUUAGCAAUCUCUUCUUUCAAGAAGAUCCCCACAAGCUUCAUGCUUCAUCACUGCUUAGUUUUCCUCCAGCAAUGUCACCUACCACACACCAUUCUGCAGAAGGAAAAGGAGUCAUUUAUCAUUGCUGUAUAUUAUCUUGGCCCCAGUAACCCCAUACAGGAGAUCAUCUGAUCUUUGGCUCCCUAACCCAAUGACAUAAGCACCAGUCUAGAAACUGCCUGUGCUAAAUACUCUGUUGACCCCUGCUCAGAGAACAGGGUUUCACUUCUCAAAGGAUUGCAUUAUACAUGUUGAGAAAGAAGUGGAAGAAGAAGAGGAUUUAACCCUGCAAGAUGAGGUUUCCUUUUCAUAAGUUUUAGACUAGAUUUUUAAGGUCUUUGGUUUAGAAAAAUCUCAAGAACCCAAAAAUGAAGCCUAGGCUGUGGCUGUUCAUUAAUGCGAGACUGCAGAUUGACGGAUGGUGCACCAGUAAGGGCUUUGAGCACCCCAUGACUGCCCCUCAUGAGUUUUUGCUAGCAAGCCAGCAACUUCAUUGGUUCUACAGGAUUCAGGGCUGUUCAUCAAAGGCUCAUCACCCAUCUUUAACAAUGGAAGCAGUCUCCAUAUUCACCCCUGCUUUGUUCUCUCCAACCUCAAUCACAUUUCCACCAACUGAUGCAGAUACAAAGGAGCAUUUUCUGAGAGUUCAUAUCGUGUUCAGCUAAUAUUAGCACGUGACCAUGUUGUCCCAGGAUUGUCAAUACAUUAGACGUCAUUUUAACUUCAAGAAGUAAUACCUUAUGCCAUUGAUGAGAGCUACAUAGCUUGGUAUGGUCAACAGUAACAAAGAGCAGUAAGUUCACCCAACAGGAGAGAGGAUGAGAAGGUUGUCCUUAAUCCAGUAGUUCUGGCAGUCCCAUUCCUCUGGCCAAGUUGUGGCAAUCCCUGAAAUGGAACUACAUGUUUCUGGUGAUCAUGGAUCCACACAGCCAUUUCAAUUAUAGGUGUUAAAACUACAACUAGCAGUGUCAUGGUCAGAGACAACUCACAGUCUCACACUGUUCUGGAGUGUUGUCUGUGAUGACAGAACUCUGACCACUUAGUAGUAACCCCACUGCUUCUUCCCUGUCCAAAGGUACUGAUGUUAAGAGUGCUUGAAGUUAAGGUUGGGAUCUGUACUAGACUAUCUGGUAAUAAAAUCUAAGGUGCCACAAGACUCUGGAGGUACAUUAACAUUUGGGAUUACAGGCUAUCAUUCUAAGCCUCCUGGCAUUUUCUUAGUACCUGAUAGAAAUGACAGCAAGCAUAAUGCCCAGUGACUCAAUAAUAGAGCUUUCUUGUUCAAUCAGGACAGUUCUCAUGCUGAAGUCUACUGAUGGUCAGAGAUUAAGAUCUUCAAGUGGGCAGAGGCGAAUGUUUGUAUAGUGCCAAGGUUCUUCCCAGUGAGACAUAACAUAUUUCCUGGUAGUCUCGGUAGAUUAAAUCAAGUUUUACUAUUGAAGUGUCUUUGAACUCAAGUUCUUUUGAGCUCUUUGGUAGCACUGGGUCAAGCUGUUGGUGGACUUGCUUGCAGCAAGCAAGAAACAUAGGCUACCAGAGUACAGUUUAGCACAGCUGGAUACAGCAGCUUCAAGGGUAGAAAUGAUUCUUUACCCAUGGAAUAGCCUCAUCAUCUUUGUUUUUAUCCUGUUUUGCUUUAUCAAGUAAGUAUAGAGAGGCAGCUUGUCCCUGAUGUGACAACCUUAUGAUAACUCCACUUUGGCUGCAUCAAUCAGAGAUGGUGGUGGUGGUAGUGGUGAUGAUGGUUGUUGAAAGUCUUGAAAUCACUAGAGGUUGGUUAUCAAAGCAAAUGUCACUUACCUCUGAUUUUGUAACAAAGACUCAAGCUGCUGUUGGCCAGGACUGUACCACAACAUUCUUUGCCAUCCUUCCUUGUUAUGUGUCUCUCCAGUGAUUAAGAUAUUUUAUGAAGGACCAGAAAUUAGUGGAUGAUGCUUCCAAACUGUUCCUGUCCCCAAGACAAAGGAAGAAGCAAGUAAGGAAGAAUAUGGUCUCUUAUUGGCUGUGGCAGGUAGUUAUAAUGGCUUAGGUAAUGUAAUGAAUGACAAAGCUAAACGAGUGUAAAUCUACAUAAUCAUCUUCUGUUGCUUUUAAACACUACAUACUGUGUUUAAGGAUACAGUGUAUGCAGUUGUUCAUGUUGAGAGAUGAUAUACAUUAGUGGUUAUUUGUUUAUGGGGCCUUUCGUUUACCUGUGGCAGAGGAAGUUGGUCAUUCAGCAUUUCUUGUCCUAAUUCUUCUUCCUGUUUCAUCCAUAGUACUAACAAAGGAUGAGGACUCUAGGGUGUUAUUUGCUUCUCUAUAACACAAACUAGACAUGAUGAAUAACUUUGUUGCCAGCAGACUUUAGAAUACAGUAUACAGUGAUCUCUCAUUUAUUGCGGUUAAUGGAGACCAGAACCCCCCGUGAUAGGUGAAAAUCCACGAAGUAGGAUUAGCUCCCCUAGGAAUUUCUGUACGUGUGUAUAUUUAUACUUUAUA